AUCUGCUCUGCACUCACUCAUUACUCCAGGCGCGUCACUUUUGCCUGUCGGACAGAACGGAACACCCGGCUCAAGCCCAAGAGGCAGCCGGUACCCAGGAAGAUUGUAAAUCAACGCCAAACUGGUUCACCCGGUUGUAGCCACUAUGAUUGCAUAAAGUCAUGUGAGAAUCACACUUUUCCUACGCGGAAAGGCAUUUCAACCAAUCGCAGUGGGCGGGACUCAUGUUGAGCAAGCGAUAGUACACUAGCGGGCUACUUCCCUGUCUAAAAGAAAUUGAGCAAAAUGACUAAAACAAUUAUAAAGUUGACUGUCCGCGAUGUCAGAUUUCCAACAUCUUUGGAGCAACAUGGUUCAGACGCAAUGCACACCGACCCGGACUACUCUGUCGCCUAUGUUGUCAUCGAAACUGAUCAAGGAAUGCAAGGAUAUGGCUUGACUUUUACUGUGGGGAGAGGCACAGAAAUUGUUGUGUGCGCUGUGGAAGCCCUGUCAGCCCUAGUUGUGGGGAAAUCUCUAGAGGAGAUUGUGAGUGACUUCCGUGGAUUUUACCGGCUCCUCACCAGCGAUGGACAGAUGCGAUGGAUUGGACCAGAGAAAGGAGUCAUUCAGUUGGCCACUGCGGCGGUCCUGAAUGCAGUAUGGGACCUCUGGGCACGGUCCGAGGGCAAGCCACUGUGGAAGCUGCUUGUUGAAAUGGACCCCAGAAAGCUCAUCUCAUGCAUUGACUUCAGAUAUAUCACUGAUGCCCUUACUGAAGAGGAGGCCCUUGAUAUACUUGUGAAAGCUCAAACGGGGAAGCAGCAGAGAGUGGACCAGAUGCUGAAGGAGGGUUAUCCUGCCUAUACCACCUCCUGUGCCUGGCUAGGAUACUCCGACCAGCUGCUGAAACAGGUGUCAGAAUUGACACCCCUGAAGACACUUGUGAAUAAAGGAGUCAAAAGUGUAAUAUUUGGUCCCAUAGUCCUAGCAUGCAAUGACUACAUGAAACGAAUGCUGUGCACCGAUGCACUAAAUGAUGGAUGGACCAAGUUCAAAGUGAAGGUGGGGGCUGACCUAAAGGAUGACAUUCGCCGGUGCAGUCUCAUACGGCAGAUGAUUGGACCCCACAACACACUGAUGAUUGAUGCCAACCAAAGGUGGGACGUAGGCGAGGCCAUAACCUGGGUGACCAGGCUGGCUGAGUACAAACCCCUGUGGAUCGAAGAGCCCACCUCCCCUGACGAUAUCCUGGGACAUGCUGCCAUCUCCAAGGCCUUGGCGCCGCUUGGCAUUGGAGUGGCCACAGGAGAACAGUGCCAUAAUAGAGUGAUGUUCAAGCAGUUCCUCCAGGCGUCAGCGUUGCAGUUUGUCCAGAUUGACAGCUGUAGACUGGGAAGUGUCAACGAGAACCUAGCCGUGCUGCUCAUGGCCCACAAGUUCAAGGUGCCUGUGUGUCCUCAUGCUGGAGGUGUUGGACUGUGUGAGCUGGUUCAGCACCUGAUUCUCUUUGACUACAUCUCUGUGUCUGCCAGUCUUGACAACCGGAUGUGUGAAUUUGUGGACCACCUCCAUCAGCACUUCAGAAGUCCCGUUGUGAUUCAGAACGCCCACUACAUGCCUCCCAAGGAUCCAGUCUACUCCUGUGAGAUGUUUGAGUCGUCAGUGCAGACACACCAGUACCCUCAGGGGCAAGUGUGGAAGAAGCUCCAGUGACGAGUACGGUGUCGUGGAGGAAGCCGGGCAGUUAAAGUAGAUUUUUCAACCAAUGAUUUUCUUAAGUAACCAUUGAAGAAUUCCUGUAUUUGGUUAACAAUGCACAAGAUGAAAUGAUUUUACUUUUGUAUGUUUCUAAAAGGGAUGUUUGUGCCAAUAACUAAAUGUAUAUAUUCUUUAUUUACCAAAUUCCUUUGAUACAAACAAUAUAAAAUACACAAUUGAAUCUAAAAAGGCAACAGGUAGACACUGUACUGUACCAGAAUAUUUCAAUCAAAAAGUAAACCUCCACCCAGCUAUUACACUGAACAAAAAUAUAAACACAACAUUUAAAGUGUUGGUUUCAUGAGCUGAAAUAAAAGAUCCCAGAAAAGUUC